AUGGAAUUUGGCUACGGCAUAGAACUACAGGCAAUGGAGAUGUACAACAGAAACAUAUUCAGCAAGUUCAUGAAUGAGCUAAGAGCAACACCAAGACUAAGUUAUAAAGAACUAGAACCACAAGGACACUACGAAGUCUGGGAGAAGAAAAAUCAAGUUCAUAGCAGGCAUAGAACAAGGAAAUACAUAGUUGUAACGGACCUGACAGGAGGCAGAGAUGACUAUAGCUGUAUAUGCAGCAAAUUCAGCAAGGAUGGAAUCCUUUGCUCCCACAUCCUGAAAAUAAUGGUAGAAACAGAAGUACCAAAGAUUCCAGAGAAAUAUAUAAUUGAGAGGUGGAGGAAGAAAGAAAAAAAGAUGAACCAGAAAAUAUUGGCAACAAGCACAGAAACAAAUGACAUUCUCAGGUUCAACAUCCUAUCAAGAGAAGCAACACAGUUAACUUCUAAAGGAGCUAAAAAGGAUGAAGCAAUGCAAUAUCUACUUGAGGAGUUCAAAAGAAUCGGGAAAAACCUUGAGAACAUUUUGUCAUCAACAAAUACAGAACCUACUGAAAUAACAGCAAUAGCUCCACCACCUGCACAAGAAAAUGAGAACACAAAUGAAAGUCAGCUUGAGUACAGGCAACCUUUAGAGGAUGAAUCAAAUAUACAAGACCCACUUACCAUAAAGAAAAAAGGGAGACCAGAGAAACCAAAAAGAUGGAAGGCAAUGGUGGAGCAAGAAAGGGAAAAAACAAAAGCAAAAGCAAAGAAAAAGGCUAAAAAGGCAGAAACAUCAAGUAAGAAUCUAAAACUGAUUCAAACUCAAUAG